AUGCCCUUAUCCUUUGAAAGAUUUCAAGGGGAGGGGGUGUUUGGUGUUUCUUCUUUCUACUCAGAUUCUCAGAAAACCUGGUUUAACCAAGACAAAAUCGGAUUCGGUACAGAAGAAAACCAAAAACAAGAUCUUGGUUAUGUUGUCGGUGGUGGUUUACCGGAGCCGACGUCUGUUCUCGACGCUUUAAGGAGUCCUAGUCCUCUCGCUUCUCACUCUUCUACCACCACCACGACGCUGUCUUCCUCUCACGGCGGUGGUGCCGUCACCGCCACCGCUACCGCCGGUGAUGAUAAAUGUAGCCACAUGGGUCUCGAUGAUCUCGACGGUGUUCUCUCCGCUUCUUCUCCUGGUCAAGAACAGAGCAUCUUGAGGCUUAUCAUGGACCCGGGUUCCGGUUUCGGUGUUUUCGACUCCGGUUUCGGGUUCGGAUCCGGGUCUGUCUCCGUCAGUGAAAAUUCGAAUCCUUUGCUCUCUUGUAGCUUCCCGUUCCAAGAGCAGCAAACUCAUCCAGAAGCGUUGAUCAAUAACAACCCAUGCCUGUUCUCUAACCCUCCGUCGUCUCCGCCGGCGAAACGGUUUAACUCUGGAUCUCAUCAGCCGGUUUUCCCAUUUUCGGAUCCGGAUCCGGGUCAAGACCCGUUUCUCGUUCGUCGUCAGCAACAGUUUCCGUUUCCGUUUCAGUUUCAACACCCGUCUUCUUCUUCGUCUGCGGCGGCGGCGGCUAUGGUUCCAGUUCCGCCGGCGGGAAUGGCCGGCGAUGACCAGUCAGUCAUCAUCGAGCAGCUGUUCAACGCGGCGGAGCUAAUCGGAACAACCGGAAACAUCAACGGCGACCACACCGUUCUCGCGCAAGGGAUAUUGGCGCGGCUCAAUCACCAUCUCAACAGUAACUACAACACCAAACCUCCGUUUCAGAGAGCGGCUUCUCACAUCGCCGAAGCUCUCCUCUCGCUCAUCCACGACGCAUCACCACCGUUAGUCACGCCGGAGAAUCUCAUUCUCCGAAUCGCCGCCUACAGAUCCUUCUCCGAAACCUCGCCGUUUCUCCAAUUCGUCAACUUCACGGCGAACCAGUCGAUUCUCGAGUCCUGCAACGACGAAUCGGGGUUUGAUCGGAUCCACAUUAUCGAUUUCGACGUUGGAUACGGAGGACAAUGGUCAUCUCUAAUGCAAGAGCUCGCUUCCGGAGGAGGAGGGAGAAGAAGAAACAGAGCGUCUCUUAAAAUAACCGUCUUCGCUCCUCCUCCGUCCACAGUCUCCGACGAAUUCGAGCUCCGGUUUACAGAGGAAAAUCUCAGAUGUUUCGCCGGAGAAGUCAAGGUUCCGUUUGAAAUCGAGCUGUUGAGCCUCGAGCUUCUGUUAAACCCAGCUUAUUGGCCUCUCUCUCUCCGUUCGUCGGAUAAAGAAGCAAUCGCGGUUAAUCUCCCGUUAAACUCCGUCGUCUCCGGUUACCUUCCGUUAAUCCUCCGUUUUCUUAAACAGAUAUCUCCAAACGUCGUCGUUUGCUCAGACAGAGGAUGUGACCGCAGCGACGCGCCGUUUCCAAACGCUGUGAUCCACGCGCUUCAGUACCACACCACUCUCCUCGAGUCUCUCGACGCCAGUCAAAGCCAAGACGACUCAAGCAGUGUCGAGAGGUUUUGGGUGCAGCCUUCGAUUGAGAAGCUGUUGAUGAAACGACACCGUUGGAUGGAGAGGUCUCCGCCGUGGAGAAGCGUCUUCACACAAUGUGGGUUUACUCCGGCGGGUUUGAGUCAGACUGCGGAGGCUCAGGCGGAGUGUUUGCUGCAGAGGAAUCCGGUGAGAGGGUUUCACGUUGAGAAGAGACAGUCUUCGUCUUCUUCGUCAUCACUUGCUUUGUGUUGGCAGAGGAAAGAGCUUGUUAAUGUCUCUGCUUGGAAAUGUUAG